UAUUUGCAUGUUUUCCCGGAAAUUAUCAAAUUUUCAGUUUGAUUUUGUGUAAGUUAAAAUGCGUAUGAAAGUACUUAUGUACUUCCUAGAUCCACUAUUAACUUCCUCAGGGGGAAAACGAGAAAAUAGUAUUGCCUACAGAGAAAAAUGACAGAUAAAAUAGGUUUACUUUAUGUAAGGAAUAAAAGCACGUUACAAUGUUUAAUAGAGGAUUUCACCAGUAAAGUCGGGAAGGAGUACGUGGUUGACGCAGGAAUCGAGGAAUCUUUCAUAUUAAACAAACUGCUUGACGAUGAAGAAGAGGAUGACAUUGAUAGAUUUCAAAUCGAGAGUAUUUUGUUUGUUGGCUGUAAUAUCAGUCAGGCAUUACAAGAGAAGUUCUUUCCCAAACCAACGUGUACUGAACUAUUCGUCAUCAAUGAUGAGCACCUAACGGAAUAUCCGCCUAUAAAAAGUCACAAACACAAAUCGCGUCACAUGCUUCUUUCUUUGAUUGAAAACACACCAGAUACUUAUGAAAGAUUAGCAGGACAAAUUUUUGACGAGAUUAAAAGAAAAGGAUUUCCUAACACGAAUCUUGCACAAAACUUUUUAACGAGUCCCCCUCCAACAACAGAUCAUUUGGAACUACCACUGCCAAAGAAGACAGAAGAUGGAGCUGAAGACAAUGUUUAUCCUUUUAAUAGCCCUGGGUUGUGUCUUUAUAUUGGAGUACUAGAAUUUGAUAUAGAGGAUUCCGAAAUAUCUUUAGAGAAUAGACAUUCUGCACAUAUAGAAUACACAAAGAUUCAAGGAACUUUUGAACGUCUUGGGUGCACUUUCGAAAGGAAAACAAAUCCAACAGACCAAGAGGCACUUGAAUUUUUAAAAGAAGGAAUCGAAAGGUGUAAGAGAAUGAACCCCAGCUAUUUCGUACUGGUAAUCAGUACUCACGGACAGGAAGUACCUAUGGUAAUAAAAGAGGACAAGCCAAACGAACGCCAUCCAUUUGGAAACAUGCAAAAAGAAUAUUCAAAGACGGAAAUGGUGCAUCAGCUUUUCUUCAAAAAUGGAAAGUCUCUUUUAACCAAGGACAUUAUCAAAAUGUUUGACCAUCACAGUUGUCCAGCUCUUAAAAACAAACCCUGUUUUUUCUUUAUUCAGGCAUGCAGAAGCCGCUUUGGAUUAGAUGGUAAUAAAAAUUUUGAUCCUGGAGUAUUGGUAAAUGUGUUUACCCCAGCGGAAGAGAUUGUUAAUAUGCAGGAACCUGAGAGACCUGACUCGAAGGAUCCCCCUGGAGAACCCCAACAACUGGAUAAAUCAGACGCCAAGCGAAGUACAAUCAGACAGACGGAAGAGGAGCAAAAAGUCAGAUUACAACAGAUUCACGAGUGGAAAAUUGCAGUACUACAUAAACAUAUCUGGGAUUACAAAACAUAUCUGUCAAACCAAUACACAGUUUCAUCACAAGAAGAACGGAAAACAGACGAAAAGACCUUAAAAUUCAAAGAAACUUUACGUACCGAGGGUUUUACAGAUGAUCAGGUGAAAGAACUAGGAGAGGAAUGUCGAGGAUUUGAACAAGAGAUUCUGGAUUUCUUUUUCCCAGAGCCUGUAAUAAGUGAUCCACCACCUUGUGUCAAUGAUGCUUUAGUCAUGUUUGCCUCUGCUCCAGGAAAGGAGGCUUACAGCAGAGAUAAACAAGGAGGAUGGCUGAUCACUAACCUGAUCGCUCAGCUGAACGAAACGUUGGACACGAAGCCUGAGAAAAUAGACCUGCUGGGGGAGCUGACAAAAGUCUCUGGUAGAAUUGCGUAUAAAUACGAGACAGAUACAGACAUUAUAGAAAGUAGUGGCCAUAAGUCAGUACCCUGUCUGUAUCAUAAGCUCAGCAGAGAUGUCAUUAUAUGGCCGGGAAAGAUUGGAGUACAAGAGAACUGAGUGGUUUAAAGAUACAAAAUAAUAAAAUGAAGAUGAAGCAAUGUUGAAAUUAGUUUUAAUAAAUGUAUUGAUGCCAAAUAAACCAAACCUACUGAGUAAUUUUUCAUGUACCCCUUGUAUAAAUAAAGAGAGAACUUAUUAAGAACAUAUUUAAAAAAGUAAAGAGUGCAAAUCCCACCACCUCAAUGCAUUUUUAAUUUAUAUGCUAUUUUUAUGUGUAAUUCAACUUACUAGUGA